CCUUGAGAAGAGAAGUUAAUAUAAACAAUUGUUAUUACCUCUUACAGCGGAUCCUCCCAAGCAGCAGCAGUACGUAUCAUUGAUCCAUUUCCAAGCACAGAUCACUCUCAUUUUUCGAUUCGACGAUUCCUACUUUAUUCAUUUUAGGUCACAAUUUCUCUCGAUUUCGCAUUUUUCAAUCCUACAAUCUCCUAAUUUGAGAUAUCCAGGUUGUCUUAUUUGGUGAAUUUGGUGGUCAGUUUGUGUUUCUGAAAAGGGACGGCGGCAUCUGUUUGAAGUUUUGAGGAGAAAUUUUAGCCUUUUGGUGCAAUGUCAGCUCCUGCAUAUCCAGGGGCACCUAGACCCAAUACCCAACGUCCUUCUGGACCACCGGCCGGUUAUAACCCUAAUUUCCAGAGAGGCCCUGAUCCUUCAUUGUCUCAAAACUUCCAGAAUUUGCAGCUCAAUCAACAACAAAAUGCUCCAUCACAGCCUCCGUUCGGUGGGCCUAGAGGGCCACCCCCUUUUGGCCAGAACGCACCACCAUUUGGUGGUCCUUCGCCCGCAUCUAGGCCAGGACCCCCGCCACCUGGUGUUGUUCCUAGGGGUGUGGGGCCCCCCGGUGGACCUCCACAGAGUAUGAUUCCGCCAAAUAUGGGACCCGGUAGACCGUCAGCUCCUAUGCCUGGUCAGCCUUCACCUUUCACUUCCAGAGGUCCUCCACCUGGAGCUCCCCCACCAGGGGUUACUCCCCCUCAGUUUCAAGGUUCGCAACCUGGACCCCCACAACCAGGUGCUCGUCCUUCUAGUUUCGGGUCUUCACCAUUGGCCACAGGCCCGUUUCCUUCUUCCUCAACUCAACCACGCCCCAUUAAUAAUGGGCCUCCUUCAUUCUCUGGAGGAUUUCCUGGUGGGCCUCCUGUUUCUUCAGCAGGAUCUCAGCAACCUGUUGCAAGAGGCCCACCACCCUUUGGGAUGCAGCAGUCUCCGAUGAUGCGUCCUCAUCUUGGAAGUCAGCACGCUGGUGCUCCUCCGACCGAGUCUCUGUCAGGACCUCCACAACAAGCAUCUCCGUUUUCCGUUGUACCUCAACAUGUGCAACCACCAUCUGGCUCUCCUUAUGGGCAACCACCAUCUGGCUCUCCUUUUGGGCAACCACCAUCUGGCUCUCCUUUUGGGCAACCACCAUCUGGCUCUCCUUUUGGGCAACAACCAUCUGGCUCUCCUUUUGGGCAACAACCAUGGCAGACACAACCUCGUCAGGGGGCUCCUUCCUCAUUUUCCAGUUCUGUGCAACCACCAACAAUGUAUGGAAUGCCACCACCAAUGGCAAGCCAAACCAUGGCUGGAAUGCCAUCAGCUGUUGGUCAAACGGGAGGUCCAAUGGCAUCAAAGGUUGAUCCCAGCCAAAUUCCUCGCCCCUUUCCAAGUCCAUCAGUCGUCUUGUAUGAGACUCGUCAAGGCAAUCAGGCCAAUCCUCCUCCGCCUGCUACGUCCGAGUAUAUUGUUACAGACACUGGAAAUUGCAGCCCUCGCAACAUGAGGUGUACAAUUAGUCAGAUCCCAUGCACAAGCGAGCUUUUGACAACAUCUGGGAUGCCAUUGGCUUUGCUGGUUCAACCAUUCGCUCUUCCUCAUCCAUCCGAGGAACCCAUUCAGGUUGUUGACUUUGGGGAAAGAGGUCCGCUGCGAUGCUCUCGCUGCAAAGGCUACAUAAAUCCUUUCAUGAAGUUUAUUGAUCAGGGACGUCAGUUCAUCUGCAACCUGUGUGGAUUUACUGAUGAAACUCCACGUGACUACCAGUGCAAUCUUGGUCCUGAUGGUCGGCGUAGAGAUGCUGAUGAACGGCCUGAAUUGUCCAAAGGAACAGUUGAAUUUGUUGCAACAAAAGAAUACAUGGUGCGUGAUCCAAUGCCUGCAGUGUUCUUCUUCCUUGUUGAUGUUUCCAUGAAUGCCAUACAGACUGGUGCGACUGCUGCUACUUGUAGUGCUAUCAAUCAAGUUAUUGCUGAUCUCCCAGAAGGUCCUAGAACUAUGGUGGGAAUUGCAACAUUUGACUCAACAAUACAUUUCUACAAUCUAAAACGGGCACUGCAGCAGCCGUUGAUGCUCAUAGUUCCUGAUGUACACGAUGUUUAUACACCUCUGGAAACAGAUAUCAUAGUUCAACUUUCCGAGUGCCGUCAACAUCUAGAGCUAUUGCUGGAAAGCAUUCCAACCAUGUUUCAGAGUAAUAUGAUUGCUGAUUCGGCCUUCGGUGCUGCAGUCAAGGCUGCAUACUUGGCUAUGAAGAGCACUGGAGGAAAGCUUUUAGUGUUUCAAUCAGUAUUACCAUCAAUUGGCAUUAGCGCCCUUUCUGUUAGAGAAGCUGAAGGUAGAGCUAACACAUCUGCUGGAGACAAGGAGGCUCAUAAGUUGCUCCAGCCUGCAGAUAAAACUUUGAGAGAACUGGCUUUAGAGUUGGCUGAAUAUCAGGUCUGCGUUGAUGUGUUCCUUAACACCCAGGCAUACAUGGAUAUUGCUUCUAUCUCUGUUGUGGCAAGGACUACUGGGGGACAGGUUUAUUAUUAUUAUCCCUUCUCGGCACUCUCUGAUACUGCAAAGCUGUAUAAUGAUCUUAGAUGGAAUGUAUCAAGGCCACAGGGUUUUGAAGCUGUGAUGCGUGUGCGUUGCAGCCAGGGUCUCCAAGUCCAAGAAUACACUGGAAACUUCUGCAAACGUAUUCCAACAGAUGUCGACCUUCCUGCGAUUGACUGUGAUAAGACUAUAACAGUGACCGUAAAACAUGAUGAUAAACUUCAAGAUGGCGCAGAAUGUGCUUUUCAGUGCGCCAUUCUUUACACCACUGUUUAUGGUCAAAGAAGAAUCAGAGUCAUGAAUCUUUCUCUGUCAUGUACAAGCACACUUCCUAAUAUAUUCCGCUCAGCUGACUUGGAUGCUCAAUUCACAUGUUUCUUAAAGCAAGCUGGAAGUGAAAUUCCAACUUUGCCUCUCUCACAAGUCAGGGAGCAUGCAACAAACCAUUGUGUCAACAUUCUGCAUUCAUAUCGGAAAUUUUGCUCAACAGUCCAAUCUACUGGACAACUCAUUUUGCCUGAAGCACUCAAACUUCUGCCUUUAUACACCCUUGCAUUAACUAAAAGUACCGGAUUGAGAACUGAUGGGCGAAUAGAUGACCGUUCGUUCUGGAUGAGUUAUGCUUCUUCCGUUUCUGCUCCUCUGGCAGUUCCAUUGGUGUAUCCUAGGCUGAUAGCUAUCAAUGAUCUACUUUCUAAGGAAACGGAUGGUUCGCUUAUUCCAUCUGCACUCCCACUUUCUAGUGAAAACAUCAGUGAUGAUGGAAUCUAUCUUCUUGAAAAUGGCAUGGAUGCUUUAAUUUAUAUAGGAAAUGCCGUGAAUUCUAAUACUCUGCAGGAACUAUUUGGCUUUUCAUCAGUAGCUGAGAUCCCUGCUCAGUUUGUGCUGCAGCAGCAUGAUAAUUCAAUGUCUAAGAAACUGAAUGAAGUCAUUAAUGAGAUACGACGUCAGAGAUGUUCCUAUUUACGCUUAAAACUUUGCAGGCAAGGAGACUCUUCAGGAAUGUUAUUUUUCUCAUACAUGGUUGAAGAUAAGUCUCCAAUGGGUCUAUCCUAUGUUGAGUUCCUGGUACAUAUACACCGGCAGAUACAGAUUAAAAUGGAUUAACCAAUGUAUAUACCUGAAAUUACUUGUACCAAUAUAGACAGUCAGAAGAUUUACGGCACAUGAAAUCAAGGGGAGGAAGACGAAUAUGAAUUCCUCUAAUCUUUUCGAGUGAAAAUGAUGUAGUUUCCUAUAUUAACUUAGCAUUUUUCGUCAUUAUUUUCCAAGUUUGUACUUGUAAUAUUUCACCUUAACAAAAAUCAGUAACUAGUCAAUUCCUAGCAUAAAUCAGUCUCCAGAUCUUCGAUUCAGUUGAAUGUCCAUCAUUCGUGUAAUGUUUAAAGACAAAGAAAUCGAGUUUUUUUGCACA